AGAAGACUGUGGCAACACGAAUUUAUAACCCAUUUAUCAGUUAUUAUAUUAAUUUAUUAAAUAAAAUAGGGUACUCGUUUCAAAUUAUAUAAAAAAGAUAAAAUGGACGUUGAUAAAGAGAACCUGAUCCAAGCUGUUGUCAUAAUGGAUACAUUUAAUAAUAAUUUCAGUCCUCUAAAUAAUAUUAAACCUGCUGCCUUGUUCUCGGUUGCUGGUGUUCCAUUGAUUGAUUAUGUACUCGAAAGUUUGUCACUUGGUGGAGUCGGUGAAACUAUUCUAUUCUGUUGUGAAAAUGGCUCUAAAGUAAAGGAAUAUAUAAGGAUGAAUAAAGAAAAAAAGUUACCAUGGAGUUUAACCAUGGAUGUCCAAGUCUUGAUGUCCGACACUUGUAGGACAAUGGGUGAUGUAAUGCGUGAAAUAGAUGCAGCAGGUCUUGUGAGAGGAUAUUUUAUAUUGAUGGGAGUGAAUAGUAUAUCCAAUAUCAACUAUGCAGCCUUAUUAGAACAACAUAAGCAAACAUGUAAAAAAGAUAAAGGAGCUGCAAUGACACUGGUGUAUAAGAAAGUAUCUUGGCAGCACCCCAUGAUAAGAUCUGAUAAACCAAUCUUUCUGGCUGCUAAUGCUAACACAGGAAAAGUAUUGAUGCAUCAGAAAUAUAAACCAAAGGCUGCUGACAAGUCCAUAAAUUUGCCAUUGGAUAUAGUCUUGAAUCAUUCUGAAGUUAAAUUGCAUCAUAAUCUAGUUGAUGCAAAUAUUGCAUUAUGUUCUCCAUCAGUACCUCCAUUGUUUUCUGAUAACUUUGAUUUUCAAACUAGAGAUGAUUUCAUUCAUGGAAUUCUCAUUAAUGAAGAAAUCCUGGCUAGUUGUUUAUACUAUAUCUUACUAAAGACGGAUGAAUAUGCAGCAGCUGUAACAAACUGGAAAACCUAUCAAGUUAUUUGCCGUGAUAUAAUCCACAAUUGGGCAUAUCCACUAUCAAUUGAAUCUGGCACAUUUUAUCAAAACAAUUUUAUUUUUAUGGGAAACCACAAUUUUCGAGGCAAAAAUUCAAAACUUAGUAGAUCUUGUUUAUUGACUGAAGAUGUUUUGGUGGGUGACAAUUCUCAUAUCAGUGAUAAUGUGACUAUAACAAAGUCUGUAAUAGGUAAGAAUUGUUUGAUUGGAAGCAAUGUGGUUAUAACAGGCAGUUUCAUAAUGGAUAAUGUGACUAUCAAAGAUGAUUGUAAAAUCUCAAAUAGCUAUAUUGGAGAUGAUUCUGUGAUUGGAGAGAAGUCAAUAUUAGAGGCUGGAACUAUAAUAGCUUCAAAUGUUAAUUUGAAUGCAGAAAGUAUUUUGAAAGGGGCUGUUAUUGAAUGUUCUAGUGCUAAUAAAGAGAAAACAUUAUCUAAAUCUACAUCUGAAAAUGAAUGGGAGAAUGAGUCUGUUAAUAGUGAAGAUGAAGAAUUUAUUGGUCUGGAUAAGGAAUGGAGUGAUAGUGAAUCAUGUUACUCCUCUGACAGCAGUGAAGCCUCAUCUUUGCCAGAUUCACCAGUACCAGAUGACACCAAUAUUUUCCUCCAAGAAGUAAUAGACAGCUUGGCUCGUGGUUAUGAGGAGAAAUUGAAGUGUGACUACUUGAUACUGGAAAUUAAUUCUUCUAGAUAUGCAUACAAUAUACAACUAAAUGAAGUAAAUUUCUUUGUUGUGAGAGCAUUGUUAGGUAUACCAAUACUUACAGAAGCAAAGAAUGUGUUGGCCACUAUCAAAGAUAUUUGGAAGUAUUUUCAACCUGUUGUCUCAAAUUAUAUAAAAACAAAAUCAUCUAUUAUGGAUUGUUUGAAAGCUGUAGAAGAUAGCUGCUUAAAGUGUCCAUGGCUUGAAGGCAAAGCCGGUCAAAUUGUUCAUCUUUUAUAUGAAACAGAUGUAGUUGAUGAAGAUUCUUUAUUAGAAUGGUAUGAAGAACUAAAAGAAUAUGAAAGUCCAUUAGUUGCUCAGACUUCUGUGGUCAAGUUCUUUGAGUGGCUUGAGGCAGCCAGUGAAGAAUCAGACUGAAAAACAAACUACUUUUAUUAUUAUAAUUAAAAUUUAUUAAAUAUUAUAAAAAAAUCUUUUAAAUCUAAUUAUUGUUUAGUUAUUUGUAUGACAUUUUAACGAAUAGUAGCAUAUUGUUGGAACUGCACUGUAGAAAAGUUCCUGAACUUGUUUAUGUCAAAAGAGGUAGGUUCACAAGGUGAAUGGACUUUGAUUUGUCUCAUAUGAGUAUCCCUUCCAUUUUGAUGGUUGCUUAAAACUGCUAUUUGUAUCAUGUAAGUUCUGAUGGGUCUAUCAUGUAUAUCCUUGAUUGGUAUCAUUUCCCAACCUGAAAUAAAUAAACGAGUAAAGUUUAUUAUGAACUAGGUAUGAAGUAUAGUAUUGAAUUCUCAAAGGCUUCAUAUGUUCUCACCGCUUGGUUCUAUUAAUUCUAUGACUUCUAUCUCUUGGAGGUCAUUAAAAUGUGUUCCUGCUCGAAUAGAAAUUCUGCUUGGAGUAUAACUUUCGUCCAGUUUAUAAUCUGUAUAAAUGUAAAUAUGUGACACCAUUGUUUUUCUUUGGAAUUGAAUAUUAACUAGAUGUGGCAACUGACCAUCCGAUUGCCAAUAGGUAUCCAUGCAGUCAUCCCUAAGCUGAUCUAUACCAAAAC